AUGGAAGAUGAAGAACUCAGUGUUACCCAACGUUACGGUUUGAUCUACGGAGGUAAUACCCCUUUGGGAGCUAGGUGUGUAGCUGAUCUCAAGGGUAAAGGUUGGUGGAUUGCCUCUGCUGACUACUCGGUAAACCCUCACGCUGAUGUGAACAUUCUUCUUCAAAGUCAUGAACCUCCCGAAGUACAUGAACGAAGUGUAAUAUCCUGUAUCCAAAGAGUUUUGGACGGUAAACUCUUGGAUCUUAUUUUUUGCACAAAUGAAACCCUUAAAGAAGGGUCCAUAGAAGAUAACCUAAUAAGUGUUGGUAUGGAUAUGUGGUUAGCCCACGUGGCACCUUCGUUAAUCUGUGCGAAAAUCGCUGCGGUUUGUAUGAAAAACUCUGGAGUUUUGGUUUUAUCGGGAAGUACAGCAGCUAUGAAAGCGAAUGCUGAUAAAAUUGGUUAUAGUAUCGCGAAAUCUUCAGUUGUGCAUCUUACGAAGUGUCUUGCAAUGCCUGGAAGUGGUAUGCCUGCGGGUUCUCUGGUGAUUUGUCUUAUGCCUUUCUAUUUGGAUACACCCUAUAUACGCGGGUUGAAUCAACAUGUUAGUUGUGGGAGUUUUACUCCUUUGCAAUUCAUCUCGGAUCUUAUUAUAUCUUGGGGAAUGAAGAAAAAUUUACCAGGGAAUGGUGCUAUGUGUCAGUUGAUCACCACCAAUUCUAAUACUGAGGUUAUUUAUAAGAAAUAA